CACUUUUUCACAAUGACAUCACCGGCCAAGAUGUCUUCUUCUUCUCCGUCAUCGUGUAAAAUGAACUCUCACCUGAAAAAAUCUGAACUCAACGAUCCUACGAGGAGGAGUUUCAGUGGAAACUCUUUUGCGAAGCCGUCGUUAUCACGAAUCGCAGAGCGUUUAACCCGACCACUCCGGCUAAUAAUCCUUCAGAUUUUCCUCGAAGACAUUCCACUAGCCGAGAAAGUGUAGCUUCUUUACCUGAUCAUGGCAAGGAGAACACCCGAGACUCGAAUCCGAAACCGACGAGCCUCAAAUCAUCUGCUCUUUCCAAGGGUAAGAAGAAUUUCAUGUCACCGACGAUCUCCACCGCUUCGAAGAUCAACACAUCACCGAGAAAGCAAAUCUUGGUCGAGAGAAAUGAGUCAGUUCAAUCUUCUAUUUCAUUUUCCAAUGUGAAAGGCCUAAUCAUGGAAGAUAACGAGUCAACACCAGAGAUCGCUUUGCAGCAGCAGAAGGCAUCGUUCUCCGAUGUUAAAAGCGUCAUCAUGAAAGAUACCAAGUUGAAACCGGAGAUUGGUCCAAACCAGAAGAAGGUUUCGUUCUCUGAUGUUGAAAGCAUAAUCAUCCAAGGCACUGAAUCAACCCUAGAGAUCAGUUUGAACCAGGUUGUCUCAUUCUCUGAUGUUGAGAGUGUCAUUAUGGAAGAUACUGACUCGAAACCGGAUAUUGGUCCGAACCAGAAAAAGGUUUCGUUUUCUGAUGUUGAAAGCAAUGGAUCAAUCCCAGAGAUUAGUUUGAAUCAGAAUGUGACAUUUGCUUUCAACGAUUUAACUCUACCGAACUCAAGUCAUGAUUCACAAAUUAGUCACCAUGAAAAUGAGGAACCUUUGAAAGGCGACAAAGAUUUUGAUUAUAAGGAGACUGAGAAUGACUCUGAUCCGGUACCGGAGACCCUUAAAAAAGAAAAGGAUUCAGUUAAUGUGGAUCCAACCUUCAAGAUUAGUCCUAGAGGUCCAAUCUCACCAUCCUGUCCUGUUUUAGCCUCAUUUGUUUCAGAUCCAUUGAUGGUUCCUUAUGACCCUAAAACCAACUACCUUUCUCCGAGGCCUCAGUUUCUUCAUUAUAGAACGAAUCCUCGAAUUGAGCUUUAUCGGGAAAGAGAAGGCGUGCAGCUUGAUGAACUCUAUGCGUCUGAAAGCUAUUCAGACACUGAUGUUACUGCAGAAACACCGAUCGAAGGUUCACAAAGAGAUUUGGAGAUGUAUCUUCAGGAGAAACAAUGGACGAAGAAGAAGACAAGGAGGAGCUUCAUGUAUCCGAACCAAGCCCGAGUUUGAAGACUAAAAGAAUGU